AUGUUCGGAUUUCCCAAGUAUUUUGGCUGGAGAGGCCGGUCUCUCAACCUAGCCAUCAGUUCUCUCGGCAGUCUUGAUUUCUUGCUUUUCGGAUAUGAUCAGGGGAUCACGGGUGGUCUACUCGACUUGCCAUCCUUCAACAAGUACUUUCCAGAUAUCUAUCUGGACCCAGAGCUGGAGAGGAACAAUCCACCACUGUACCAGAAGCGCUCAACAUACCAAGGAAUCACCGUUGCUGCCUACAAUCUGGGCUGUUUCUUGGGUGCAAUUAUCACCAUCUUCAUCGGAAAUCCUCUCGGCCGUCGUCGUACCAUUAUGAUUGGCUGCUUUACCAUGGCGACUGGGGCGCUUCUGCAGAGUACGGCAUUUCAGCUCCCGCAUUUCAUCGUGGGACGCAUUGUUACGGGCGUUGGUAACGGUAUUAAUACAAGUACUGUUCCUACUUGGCAGUCAGAGUCUGCGAAGUCGUCCGACCGCGGUAAGCUUGUCAUGAUCGAAGGUUCACUCAUUACUGGAGGUAUUGCCCUCAGCUAUUGGAUCAACUACGGUUUUGCUUUUAUCGGCGAAAAAGAAGUCGCCUGGCGUUUUCCAUUGGCCUUUCAAAUCCUGUUUGCAGUUGUUAUUUUUGUCUCCAUCUCCAAUCUACCAGAAUCUCCUCGAUGGUUGGUCAUGGCAGGCCGAGAAGACGACGCUCUUGACGUGCUGGAGGCUCUGAACGAAAAGCCUCGCACCGACGUGGUGAUCCAGAAAGAAUUUGCCGACAUCAAAGAAACUGUGGUUGAAAUGUCGAAGGGCUCCUAUCGCAGUUUAUUUGACAUGAGUGAGUACCGCGAGUUCCACAGAGUGGUUCUGGCCUACGUCAAUCAAAUGUUUCAGCAGAUCUCUGGUAUCAAUCUCAUCACCUACUACGCCCCGACACUCUACGGCAGAGUUGGGCUACAAGGCCCGAACAUCAACAAAUUGCUGGCGGCAUGCAACGGGACGGAGUAUCUACUGGCUUCAUUUAUCCCUAUUUUCAUCAUUGAAAAGACCGGUCGGCGGCCCCUCAUGCUUUUCGGAGCAUUUGGCAUGUCAGUCUCCAUGGCUGUUCUUGCUGGUUGCAAUUGGCGCCUGGAAGCGCUGGGGGAUACAAGAGCCGGCAUUGGCCAGGCUGUAUUUCUUUUUGUCUUCAACUCCUUUUUUGCCAUAGGCUGGCUCGGUAUGACCUGGUUGUAUCCCGCUGAGAUCGUCCCCUUGAAAAUUCGUGCGCCUACCAACGCCUUGUCAACCAGUGGUAAUUGGAUUUUCAACUUUAUGGUUGUCAUGAUUACUCCGAUCGCGUUUGCGAACAUUGGUUACAAAACUUACGUCGUUUUCGCUGUCAUUAACGCUUUCAUGGUCCCAUCUGUUUAUUUCUUCUUUCCCGAGACUAAACUCCGUUCGCUGGAGGAGAUGGAUGGCAUCUUCAAGAAGUCCUCGAACGUUUUUGACGCAGUAUCCAUUUCCCUGAAAGAGCCCUAUCGCUACGAUAAGCAUGGCCAGCUCAAACCGGAAUAUUUGGAGGAAGCCGAGCACCGCGAGUACCAGGAGAAGUCUCCCAGCUCUGGCGACGAGAACAAUAGCGUCUUGGCUGGCAACAAUAUUCCUUAG